AUGAGGCCUCCUCUCUCUCCCUCUUCUUCCUCCCUCUCCUCUCUGCUCUGCGGGCGCGGCGAGCAUGUAAAGCAUGGCACCACGGCCAAAGCAAGCGAGUGUGGCGAGGUGUCGUCGGCGCCACACAAGCGGCGAGCAGCAACGAAAGCGUGGCACCGUGGCGGGCAGCAGUGGAGCGGCCAGCAGGACGUGGGCCCCGCGCGGCAGCAGCAGGAGGACGACGAGAUGCUGGUGCCGCACCAGGAGCUCCCUGUUGCUGGCCCGGAAGCUGCCCCACAGCCGAUGGAAGUUGUUGCGCAGACAGAGCCCGCCAACACAGCGGAGAGCCAGCCGCCUGAGGACCCGCAGACGUCGCGCUUCACCUGGACGAUCGAGAGCUUCAGCCGUCUUAACACUAAGAAGCACUACUCUGAUGUGUUUGUCGUUGGAGGAUACAAAUGGCGUGUGCUAAUUUUCCCCAAGGGGAACAAUGUGGAUCACUUAUCGAUGUAUUUGGAUGUUGCGGAUUCUGGGAACCUCCCAUACGGGUGGAGCCGGUAUGCUCAGUUCAGCUUGGCUGUUGUGAAUCAGAUCCACCCCAAGUAUACGAUUCGGAAAGAUACCCAGCACCAAUUUAAUGCACGCGAGAGCGACUGGGGUUUCACAUCAUUUAUGCCUUUGGGUGACCUAUAUGACCCAAGCAGGGGCUAUCUUGUGAAUGACACCGUUGUUGUAGAAGCUGAGGUUGCUGUCCGCAGAAUGGUGGAUUAUUGGACUUAUGACUCGAAAAAAGAAACAGGUUUUGUAGGUCUUAAGAAUCAAGGUGCUACCUGUUAUAUGAACUCUCUCCUUCAAACGUUAUACCAUACACCAUAUUUUAGAAAGGCUGUAUAUCAUAUGCCAACAACUGAGAAUGACAUGCCAUCUGGGAGUAUCCCUUUAGCCCUGCAGAGCCUUUUUUACAAGCUCCAGUAUAGUGACAACAGUGUAGCGACGAAAGAGUUGACCAAAUCCUUUGGAUGGGAUACUUAUGAUUCUUUCAUGCAACAUGAUGUGCAAGAACUCAACAGAGUUCUUUGUGAGAAACUGGAAGAUAAGAUGAAGGGAACUGUUGUGGAAGGAACAAUUGAACAAUUAUUUGAAGGCCACCACAUUAAUUACAUCGAGUGCAUUAACGUGGACUAUAAAUCUAGCAGAAAAGAAUCAUUUUACGAUCUACAACUUGAUGUGAAAGGUUGUCGUGAUGUUUAUGCAUCAUUUGAUAAGUAUGUGGAAGUCGAGCGUCUAGAGGGUGAUAACAAAUACCAUGCGGAGCGAUAUGGCUUACAGGAUGCAAGGAAAGGUGUGCUCUUCCUCGAUUUCCCUCCUGUUUUGCAGCUUCAACUGAAGCGUUUUGAAUAUGAUUACAUGCGAGAUACAAUGGUUAAGAUUAAUGACCGCUAUGAGUUCCCUCUUCAACUUGAUCUUGAUAGAGACAAUGGAAAAUAUCUUUCUCCAGAUGCAAAUCGAAGUAUUAGAAACCUCUAUACGCUUCACAGUGUUCUUGUUCAUAGUGGGGGAGUACAUGGUGGUCACUACUAUGCUUUUAUUCGGCCAACGCUCUCGGAUCAGUGGUACAAAUUCGAUGAUGAGCGGGUUACAAAAGAAGACAUUAAAAAGGCACUUGAAGAGCAGUAUGGCGGUGAGGAAGAGUUGCCUCAAAUAAACCCUGGUUUCAAUAACACACCAUUCAAAUUCACAAAGUAUUCGAACGCCUAUAUGCUUGUCUAUAUACGUGAGAGUGACAAGGAGAAAAUAAUGUGUAAUGUCGAUGAGAAGGAUAUCGCUGAGCAUUUGCGGAUAAGGUUGAAAAAAGAACAAGAAGAGAAAGAGCACAAGAAGAAGGAGAAGGCUGAAGCUCAUCUCUACACUGUCAUAAAGAUUGCUCGAGAUGAGGAUUUGAAGGAGCAAAUUGGUAAGAAUAUAUAUUUUGACCUGGUGGACCAUGAAAAAGUUCGCAGCUUCCGCAUUCAGAAGCAGUUGCCUUUUACUUCAUUCAAGGUUGGGCAGCUUAGGGAAGUCUCAAAUAAGGCACACAAUGCUGAGCUGAAGUUGUUUCUGGAAGUUGAACUUGGACCAGAGUUAUGUCCAAUUCGUCCAUCUGAGAAGAGCAAAGAAGACAUACUUCUUUUCUUCAAGCUUUAUAAUGCUGAGAAGGAAGAGCUUCGUUUUGUCGGUAGGCUUUUUGUGAAGGCUCUGGGAAAGCCAUCUGAAAUAUUGACAAAACUGAAUGAAAUGGCAGGAUUUUCUCCAAAUGAAGAAAUUGAGCUAUAUGAGGAAAUUAAGUUUGAGCCAAAUGUGAUGUGUGAACAUAUUGACAAGAAACUUACUUUCCGUUCUAGUCAGCUUGAAGAUGGAGACAUCAUCUGUUUCCAAAAGGCUCCUGUUCCAGAUGGUGAUACACAAGUGCGCUAUCCAGAUGUUCCUUCAUUCUUGGAGUAUGUUCACAAUAGGCAGGUUGUGCACUUUCGGUCUCUGGACAAACCAAAGGAGGAUGAUUUUUCUUUAGAAUUGUCAAAGCUUCAUACUUAUGAUGAUGUUGUUGAGAGAAUUGCACAUCAACUUGGGUUGGAUGAUCCCUCAAAGAUCCGUCUUACAUCUCACAAUUGUUAUUCUCAGCAACCUAAACCACAGCCUAUUAGAUAUAGGGGAGUAGAACAUCUACUGGAUAUGCUUGUUCAUUAUAAUCAGACUUCUGAUAUCUUGUAUUAUGAGGUUCUGGACAUUCCACUGCCAGAAUUGCAGUGUUUGAAAACACUUAAAGUUGCAUUCCACCAUGCAACAAAAGACGAGGUUGUCAUUCAUAGCAUAAGACUUCCAAGAAAUAGCACUAUCAGUGACGUGAUUACUGAUUUGAAAACCAAGGUUGAACUAUCUAAUCCUGAUGCUGAGCUCCGCUUGCUUGAAGUAUUUUACCAUAAGAUUUAUAAGAUCUUUCCGCCUCAUGAGAAGAUAGAGAACAUAAAUGAUCAGUACUGGACAUUACGAGCUGAGGAGAUCCCAGAGGAAGAGAAGAAUCUCGGCCCACAUGAUCGAUUGAUUCAUGUUUACCAUUUCAUGAAAGACCCUAAUCAGAAUCAGCAAAUUCAGAAUUUUGGAGAUCCUUUUUUGAUGGUUAUCCGUGAAGGUGAGACUGCUGCAGAGGUAAUGGAGCGCAUCCAGAGAAAACUUAGAGUUCCUGAUGAGUUCUCCAAGUGGAAGCUUGCAUUCAUAUCCAUGAACCGGCCAGAGUACCUCCAGGACACUGAUGUUGUAUCAGCACGUUUUCAGAGGAGAGAUGUAUAUGGUGCUUGGGAACAAUACCUUGGCUUGGAGCACACUGAUACAACAUCGAAAAGGUCUUACACAGCCAAUCAGAAUCGGCACACCUAUGAGAAGCCCGUGAAAAUUUAUAAUUGA